AUGGUUGCAGGUGCUGCUGUAGCUGCAGCUGCUCUAGCUGGGAGAUAUGGUAUAAUUGCUUGGCAAGCCUUCAAGGCGAGGCCACGAAUGCCUAGAAUGCGCAGGUUCUACGAAGGUGGUUUCCAAAGUGCAAUGACCCGGCGCGAAGCUGCUCUCAUUCUUGGUGUUAGGGAAAGUGUUGUGGCGGAGAAGGUGAAAGAAGCGCACAGGAGAGUGAUGGUUGCAAACCACCCGGACGCUGGAGGUAGUCACUAUCUCGCUUCUAAGAUCAACGAAGCCAAAGAUAUGAUGCUUAGCAAAGCUAACAAUUCUGGUUCUGCAUUUUGA